AUGGCCGACAAUACGUUCAUCCCAGUUUCAGACGCCAUAAAGCAAAAGCUUUCUGAAGGAAGAAUUUUAGAGCCCUACACCUUCGCCGAGAUAGACCGCACCUUGCCUUCUCGAUUCCUACGUGGCAGCGAUUGGAUAUUUCAACCUCUCUCAAUCACUCCUCCAUCUAUGUUAGAACAAACAUCUAACGUUUUGAAGGACGCCUGA